UGUACCGCGACUACGUAGCAGUUCCUAAUAAUGGGGACAGCGCAGGCAAGCGUGUCUGUUUGCGGUUUCCGGUGGCGUGCUGCGGGGCCGAACGGGUACAUCCGGUGUGAGGCGGCUUGGUGGGGCUCUAACUGUCUCUGGCAGCACAAAAGCGCGUCUCCUUCAGUGUUUACACAAUACAUGUACUUUGUAUCCUCAGAUAGGGGUUACAUAAGAAGGUUUGUCAAGUUUGAGCCAGUCAUUGACCCUAUGACCUUGAGAUUAAACCUGCUUUUAAUAAUUAAUUGAAAGGUAGGCUGCAGGGAAAUCAGCUUCUCACUGGCUGCAUUCUCUCUGGUUAAGGCUUGAUGAACAGGCCGCCUCUGUUCGGAGAAGUGCCGUCCUUUACCCUGUAGGGGGAGAUCCUAGCCAUGUGGUCACUGGGAUUGGGAGCAAUUGGUGCAGCCAUUGCAGGCAUUUUCUUCGCCAACACUGAUUUGUUACUGGAUAAGCCAGAGCCGGCCAGUGUGGAGUACCUGGGGGAGACCGAGCUGAAAACAAUAGCAGAUGAUGAGAAGACGUUUAAGGCUGGGUCCCUUUGGAAGAGAUCCGGGGCCGUUGUCAUGGCCGUGAGGCGGCCUGGAUGAUUCUUGUGCAGAGAGGAGGCCACAGAGCUCUCCUCCCUCAAGCCCCAGCUGGACCAGCUUGGCGUUCCCCUCUACGCCGUCGUGAAGGAGAACAUCGAGUCCGAGGUCCAGGACUUCAAGCCGUUUUUCUCUGGUGACGUCUUUCUGGAUGAGAAGCAACGUUUCUACGGACCUGCGCAGAGGAAGAUGGGCGGCUUGGGAAUCGUUCGUCUGGGAGUGUGGGCCAACUUCCUGCGGGCCUGGAGGAACGGGCACACGGGAAAUGUGAAGGGCGAGGGUUUCAUCCUGGGCGGCGUGUUUGUCAUCGGAGCAGGAGAGCAGGGCAUCCUGCUGGAGCACCGCGAGAAGGAGUUUGGGGAUAAAGUCAACAUAACUUCUGUUCUGGAAGCAGCCAGGAAAAUCCUGCCAGAGAAACAUUAGUGUGUUUUUGAGAGACUUUUAUUCAUAUCUUCUCAUGGGUCUCCACCGGGGGGCGCCAUUCGGCGUGGAGGUGACUGCUUCCCCCCACUAGUUUACAGAAAGUAGAUUCAAAUUUAGAGAAGCGUCCUGAACCUGUAUCACUCGCUGCUCUGUGUAAACCAAGGGCUGUGCCCGGGGCGUCCACAGCCAGCUCAGUGUGCGUGCAUAUGACAGCCUUCGCCUAACUCUGCCGAGGGAGCUGGCUAGAUACUUCACACACACACAUGCAGCCAUGGCUGAGGGCGCCCCUGCACAGACAGGUCCGGCUGCAGCAAAAGCUCGCAAUAAAAGGCAUUUGGAGCUUC